GGCGUUCUUCGUCGUCGUCGCGGUCAAAGAUGAGUGGGGCGGAACGACGGGACGCUCUAGCUUUCUUGGGUCUUACUGGGCUCAACCGGGAACCUACUGCGGACGACCUAAAGCAAGCGUUUCGACAGAAGGCUAAGGACUACCAUCCAGACCGGGCCCACAAUCACGCGAGGCAAGACCAUGCGGCGGAACUCUUCAAGAAGGCAAAAUCUUAUGAUUACAGGUGUCUUUAUUUUGUUUCUGCAAAAUUAUAAAUACCUCAACACAAAGUACUAACUUGGUGCAUUAUUCAGGAGACGAGACUUCCGCUUUCAAUCAACAGGUAACUGCAGCAAGAUGACAAUUGAGAAUUUUUGAGAGAACAAUGACAUGAGGUUCAGUUUUUUUUCUAUUUCCGAACCCGAUAAGGACGUAUUAUAAUUAUACAUAGCUGCAACAUUUGUUCAUCUUCAUUUUUAUUCGAUUCCUCUUCUAGUUCUAAUAAACGUGUUACGACAAGCUUCUUGACGAUUGUAGUAGUAAGUCAGGGCCUGGCUCUGGUACGCCGACGACGGCAGCGCACGCAGGACAAAGCCGUGCAUCUUACAGUAUGAACCCGAACCGCGGAAAUCAGGGAUUCAAAAUCUGAAAAAUCUAGUUAGGCUGCUAUACUACCAAACGGCCAGCAUCACCGAGAACAUCUACUAGACAUCUAUCGACGUCGAGCUUGGCCUUUUUUCCACUUCAGUAUGUAAACAGUUAAAGUAACCAAAGACGAAGACCAUUGUUGUGCAGGUGCAGCGAAAUAUUACUUCACAAGUACUUCUUCCAGUUCCAGGCAAAGUCAAGACGCUACUGCACGCAUAAACGUGUUGAAGCAGCAGAGCCGCAUGGACUAGAAACUAUUGACUACUUUCUUACCCUCACUCCAUAAGUGAUUAUAUGAAGUUGAUAUCAAAACGAACAGAGCAGAGGACCAGAAUUAUGAAUCUAUAAUUAUAGCACCAGAUCACUACACUUACAGAAGCCUUUAUAGAGUACUCCCAUCUGGUACUGUUGCUACUGGUCUUCAUAACAUUGACUAUCUAACUUGACAACAAUGACACUCAAAGCUCGUAAACGAUGAUAUCUUGAACGACAUCAGAUCUUACUAAAUUCUAUUAACGCCGAAUGCUAAUCCUACCGAAUAACUGACCUCACAUUUUGAAUGUGCCUACCGAUUUCCAGCUUACAUGAGCAUCUACUAAUAUUAUAGGAACGAAUCAGAUACACGAUCUAGUUCAUUGAUUGAGAUUUACAUUUACGUCGUCGACUUCCUCAUCGACCGACGGAGAUUAAGAAAAAUGAGAUUCCUCUUGAAGAAUCGGUUACUUUCUUUCGAGAACCACGCGGACUAGGUCUAGGGUAGCGAAAAUGAUUGAAGAACGUUUCAAGAUCUUUUUUUAAUUCAAUUUUGUUUACGAAGGAGCGUACUAGAGUUUUCAUUUUCAAGAACUAAGAGAAAUAAUAAUGGUGCACAGGAAGAAGGAAGCGUUCAUCUGGUAAUCGAGAUUAUACGAAGGAAUACCACGAGGACGAGCACCAGUUGCGAGCUUGUUUUUACUUCAUUCAUCCCAAUUCCUCCAUCAAAUGCAACUUGAUAUUGAUGAUUCUACUUAUGGACGUGGAUGUGGAAGACGAUAUUUUGAAUGUCUUCUAUUUGUCGAAAAUUGCGAAAAAAGGAAAGUUGUAAUUUAAGAACCAAUAAGUCUUUUUAUGCUAAAAACGUGAUGUUGAUGUACUAGUCUUUCUGUGGUAAUUUCAAGCCGCGCGCUCCGCGUGCAUGCGCCUGACUCACAGCUUCGAAAAUUAGUUAUGAAUUGUCAAGGUCCAUCUAGCAGAUUGAUUGCAGUCUGUUGAGUCUACAUCUA